GUACUAGUCUACAAUCCGCCGUCGACGCAAUCCGUUUUGCGAUUAGAUAAAACUCACUUGAAAUUAUUAUUCGCGUGAAUUCCACAUUAUUGUGUGAACACCUUUUUUUUCUUUUUUAACGUAACGAAGAAACGGUUCUCGUGAAAGAUUAAAUCAUCGCAUGCAUCGAGUCGUGUGAUCGAGGAGACAAAAACGUGCUAAGAAGACACGAAAUCACGUGCAAAAUUUAAUUACAUCACGUGCAGCGAGCAUACGCACGCUUUCGGUUUCACUAAUCAGCUGAUCGCCGUCAGUACAUGCGCGAUGAUGGCCGGGAAUUGGUUGAGUUUGAAUCGCCGCGGUUUUCAAUUGGUCGAAAACCUGCUACGGGCCCGAAACCAUUGUAUAAAGAAUUUUGCUGAUCAAGAGCAUGUCUCAAACGUCUGUGGCCUUCCACGUCGCAGAGAUAUACAUCUUUCAACCUCGUAUCGUAUACCGGAGCGAAAAAUGGCAGGAAUACUUCAGGAUAAUAUUUGGGACACCGAUCCCGAGCUUUUUGAUUUGAUGAAAAAGGAGAAGAAACGACAGCAAAGCGGAUUAGAACUGAUUGCCAGUGAAAACUUUACGUCCCUCAGUGUCCUACAGUGCCUAGGUUCAUGCCUGCACAACAAAUACAGUGAGGGAUACCCUGGUCAAAGAUACUAUGGUGGAAACGAAUUUAUCGACGAAAUUGAGUUACUGGCGCAAAAACGCUCUUUGGAAGCCUUUAAUUUAGAUCCUGAACAAUGGGGCUGUAAUGUACAGCCUUAUUCGGGAAGUCCGGCAAAUUUUGCGGUGUACACAGGAUUAAUGGAGCCUCACGGACGUAUAAUGGGCUUAGAUUUGCCCGAUGGUGGCCAUCUUACUCAUGGCUUCUUCACGGUGAACAAGAAGAUUUCCGCUACGUCCAUUUUCUUCGAAUCGAUGCCGUACAAGGUUGAUCCUGAAAGUGGUUACAUCGAUUAUAAUGGGCUCGCGAAACAGGCGAGAUUAUUCAAACCGAAAGUUAUCAUCGCUGGAAUUACCUGCUAUAGCAGGUGUCUGGACUAUAAACGUUUCCGCGAAAUUGCCGACGAAAAUAAUGCUUACCUCUUCAGCGACAUGGCUCACAUCUCUGGGUUGGUUGCCGCCGGAAUAAUACCAAGUCCUUUCGAAUAUAGUGAUGUUGUUUCGACAACUACGCAUAAGACUUUACGAGGUCCGCGCGCUGGUGUUAUUUUCUACCGAAAAGGCGUUCGAAGCGUUACGAAGGAUGGCAAGAAGAUUAUGUACGAUAUAGAAAGUAAAAUUAACCAGGCAGUCUUUCCAGGCCUUCAAGGCGGACCUCAUAAUCAUGCUAUCGCUGCUAUAGCCACCACUAUGAAACAAGCUAAAACACCAGAAUUUCUCGUUUAUCAGAAACAAGUAGCGGCUAAUGCGAAGAGAUUGUGCGCCGGCUUACAAAAAUACGGUUACAGUAUCAGUACCCAUGGCACAGAUGUCCAUCAGUUAUUGGUAGAUCUACGAUCGACGGGUAUCACAGGUGCAAAAGCAGAAAAAAUUCUGGAAGAUAUUUCUAUCGCUUGCAAUAAGAAUACUGUUCCCGGUGAUAAAAGUGCACUGAAUCCUAGCGGGAUUAGAUUGGGAACACCCGCACUCACAACUCGUGGUUUAGUUGAGGAAGACAUUGACAAAGUUGUGGAAUUCAUACAUAGAGGAUUGCAGCUUUCUAAGGAAGUGAGUGCUAUUUCGGGUCCGAAGCUGCCAGAUUUCAAGAAAGUAUUAAGUACCGAUGAAAAUAUUAAAGCAAAAGUUACAGUACUGAAAGAGGAAGUAGAGGCCUUUUCGAAGCAAUUUUCAAUGCCUGGCAACGAAGUAUAUUAAUACUGUAGCACUACAUUAUUUACAAACCGGAUGACACAAAACUUUGUAUGAAUACAUUGCUGCGCGAGCUUUAUUAAUUAUUAAUAAUAUGGAAUAUAAGGUAUUUUUUUUACAAAAAUAAAAUAUUGCAAAUAUUUUUUUUCAUUUGAGUUUCCUAAGAAACUUUGUAAUAACAAAAAUGUAUGUAUUUUCUAAUAAAAUAUAAAUAUUUAAAUAAA